AUCGUCAUCAAGCUGCCAUCAGCGCGCUAAUUGCUCCUCAAUCAGAUCAAGACGCUGCCGGAGUGUAUACGCCUUCUAAUAUGAGAGUCCGGGAUCUGAUUAUAUGGGCCUGCUUGAGUGCCUUGGUGCUAUUUGCACCAGCUGUUCAGGCGUCUGUAUCGGUGGUCGACCUCUUGUCGUCAUCCCCCGACUUUACACUGCUGGUUCGAGUGCUGCAACGCUCUGGUCUUAUUCCAGUUCUGAAUAUGGGCCGGAAUAUCACAUUUUUUGCGCCGACGAAUGAAGUCCUGAGCAAGGUCCCGCCGUCGGUGGACCUGCCGACACUACUCGAGUAUCUGAUCAUUACCGACCCGAUUGUCUCGACCGAGAUGGAGGACGAUUAUCGUGUAUAUUUCUCCCACCUCCGAUCUCCUUCUUCUUCCGACUAUCCGGUGCCGAUCAAAGUCAAGCAUGUGCAAGCGCAACCAGGUGAACCUUCAGAUGGGACAGGAAAACGGCUCGUUGUCGGCUCCGCCAACGUCGUCCGUCACGACUGGAUUGCCGACAAUGGAGUCAUUCAGGUGGUCGAUAGUCUUGUCGAGAUACCUGAUACCUUAUGCCAUGCUCUUUCUAGACUGGCUAAUGGUCCUGGCGUGAUGCAGUUCUUUGCUCAACUCUUUGUGCAACAUCCUUGGAUCUGCAUUCUCUUGGCUGAGUCUGAAGACACUGCUACCGUCCUUUUACCUACCAAUGCCGCAUUCACUCAUUUCAGUCCUAUCGAGCUGAACUAUUUGGUGUCUACGGCCGGUCAUGAUGAUCGGCUAAAACUAAUAGGCGAGCAUUUUAUGUAUUCGCCUCUAUAUAGACAAAACGACACCACCGGCGAAGGAAACGACUAUCCAUUGCUUUCUGGAAACAUGCUUCACGCAGCAGCAACAGAGGAUGGCAAGAUUCGGUUCAACAACGAGGUCGACACAAUCGAAACAGACAUUUUGUUCCAAAACGGAGUCAUGCAUACUCUACCCAGCCUGAUUGUUCCUUGGACAUAUUUUGCGUUCACCCCUCUGAAGUAUCUGUACGGCAUAGGAGCGGUUAAGUUUGCCGAAGAGCUGAUUUUCCACAAAUAUCGGCCAACGUUGGUGGACGCGCAAAUCCUUCAGACUAUAUUCGCACCCAUUGAUAGUGACGGUAGUGACUCUCCAAGCUCUGAGAAGACUUUGGGAUAUCAUUUUGUGGAUUAUCCCAUCACCGAACUUUUGCCCGGAGUUAUCCCUAGCAGAUUGCAACCAUCGUCUAUGAACUGGUAUCAUCAGCGCAUCAAGGUGACGACCCAAGGCGGAGCUACUUAUGUGAACGGUGCUGCCCGUGUUCUGCGCGACCCUGUCGUCAUUGGCAACACAGCGAUCGUUCCUAUUGAUAGACCUCUGGAGAUGCCGCCGAAGAUGUCACUUGCUGCUGGUACAGUUGUGGGCGGAAGCACGAUGAUGGAGUUCAUGCGCAAUCUGGAUAUCUUCAAUGAGCCCGACCUACGUGGAUGGACCGUGUUUUUCCCCAACGACGCAGCUUGGUCAGCUCUGGGCAGUGUCACAAAGUAUUUCAAGAAGAAACCUGAGAUGGCGCGCCAGCUUCUGCUCAGUCUUAUGAUCACGCAGCCUCUAUACUCGGUCGACUUCACUACCGAGAUCACAGACUAUGAGACUGCGUUUGGUUCCAGGAUUGGACUGAAGACUGGCAAAGAUGCAAAGAAGCUGAGUUUCGUCAGCACAGUCACUCAAGCUGAAGACGAUGUAGAGCUGGCUGAUACCGAUCUUUUGUUUGAGUCGGGCGUUAUUCACGUCCUUGGCUCUGUGCCUAUCCCCGAGUACAUUGAGAUAACGCCCCGUCAGCUCUUGGAUGCGGAAGGAAUCUACGUAUUUGUUGAUCUUUUGGAGGCUACUGAACUUCAUACGGAUGUCUUGGCAGAUGACUCGCAGUAUGUUAUUCUGGCACCGGUCGACGCCGCACUGAACUUCGAGAAGAUCACCACAGCAACUCUCAAUCUGGCUACCCAGCUCGGUCUUCAUAUUUUGCGUCGCAGGAAUUUACGCUCGGGUAGAUUCAUUGACGGCGAAAGCGCUUUCGACUCGCUAGUUCCAGGGAUUUCCAUAACGGUACUAGAGGCUGAGGGUCAGGGACCAGAUUCGGAGGACCAGAUCCUGAGUAUAUACAAUCGCCCUGCCAACUCAUGGAGAUUUGAGCCUGUGCGUAUAUUGUCGAAGGGAAUGACGAGCAGUGGGGCGGAAAUCUAUGUUGUUGAUACAGUGAUGCCCAUGUCGGCUCUUGUGGUCGCUGAUGGUCGGUCAUGGUGGCAACGUCAUGGAGUUCUUAUCGCACUGGGAGCUGCGGCGGGAAUCAUUGUUAUUUCAAUGGUUUCGUUGGGAUGGUUUUGGAUCAUCUAUCAGGGUGGCCGUAACUGGAACCACAACCGAUCGUUUGCUAAUAACGUGAAGAGCAUUGUUCAAUUCAGAAACGGAUUGAGUGGAAGCAACGGUCUGGGACACACAUUGCUCUCUAGUGAUGAUAGUGACAGCGACUCUAACGAUGCCGACGACGAGGAUGAGGAAGAUGCUGCCUCAGCCGUUGGGGAAGGUACGCCUUUCUUGAGGCAGGCGAGUGGGACAUUAGGAAGUCGGGUUACUGGAGACGAGGAGACGGAUGAGGAAGCGGAGGAAGCGGAGCAUGUUGAGAUGCGAGGGGGAAGAUAGAGCAUCUGGGUUUAGGGAAAGGUGUUUUGGAGGGCGAAAAUCCUGAGCGGCGGGAGUGUGGUUUUGUAUCGCGUUGAUUGUGCAUUAUUCUAGUUUAAUUAAAG